AUGUAUGUAUUAAAUGCCUUGACUUUUUACGUGAUUUCUGUGUUUUAUGGUUCUUUUCGUGUGAAUGGAGAUGCAGGAAACAUGUGGGGAUAUCAAGAUGGUAUACAUCCCGCUGAAUGGCCAAGAGAAUAUAGAACAUGUGGUGGUCGGCGGCAAUCACCGAUCGACAUACAAACCAGUCAAAUAGUUGUGGAUGAACGAUUGGGCAGAUUUGACCUCAGUGAUCUAAAUAUGAUCAACAACAUUCGGUUGACAUUGAAAAAUAAUGGACACACAGUUGAAGUUGACGUAGAAGGACGUAACAACUUAGCAGUAGUUGGUGGAGGACUUCCUGGGUCUUAUCUUGUAAAACAGUUUCACUUCCAUUGGGGCUCACAGGACAGCAGAGGAUCAGAACAUGAUAUAAAUGGACGAUUCUUUCCUAUGGAGCUUGAUGACAAGGAGAAUGACAAUACAUGA